UCCAAGGUCCGCACCCCACUCCGAGUGUCAUCCAAUAAUCACCAUUACAUAUAUCAAUUUUUUUUAUUUAUUACUAGUUAAGAUUUUAGUAUUUAAUUCUGGUACUUUUCUAAUGGUAAUAUUCUGGUUACUUCUACUGUUGGAAGUUGGCGGAUCCUCCGGAAGUGGUGCGACGUGUUGAUUAAUCCUCAUCUUUCUUGAUUGAUCCCCCCUCCCCCCGCCUCCUUUCUCCGUUAUUCGCGUCCAACUCAUCAGAUUGGACCCCGGCUAGUUCGAUAAAAGCACGAGCCAAGUAAUCACGGACUCGUUUGGUGACUCUCACUUUAAUCAUACAUCAAGAGAAUUUUGAGGGGAAAUUUAAUUAAUCGUGAUUAACGUAAUACCGUUGCGUGCGGGUGAUACCAUUGUCAUUGCACGUUAAUAAAACGAGACGAGGAUAAUGAGGUCCUCGCUGAUGAUACUGCUGCUUGGUGCGGCAGUAGCUGUCACACAUGGUGCAUCAUCGGUUCGAGUGAAGCGUCAGGAUGAGCCGAAGAAGGACGAGAGUUUUGAGAAUGAAAUCUGCAAGGACAAGGAUGCAGGAGAGUGGUUCCGAUUGGUAGCUGGUGAGGGUGAUAAUUGUCGUGAUGUCAUUCAGUGUACGAGUUCGGGGCUGCAGGCCAUCAGGUGUCCCGCCGGGCUUUACUUUGACAUUGACAAGCAGACAUGUGAUUGGAAAGCAGCAGUCAAUAACUGCAAAACGAAGAACAAGGAGAGGAAAGCUAAGCCAAUGCUGUUCACCGAGGAGCCACUCUGUUCGGAUGGUUCUCUAGCUUGUGGUGAUGGUACCUGCAUAGAGCGCGGUCUCUUCUGUAACGGCGAGCCUGAUUGUCUUGACGGUUCUGAUGAGAAUGUUUGUGAUAUGGAUAAUGACCCCAACCGGGCGCCACCCUGUGAUCCGACCGUCUGUGUUCUGCCAGACUGCUUCUGCUCGGAAGAUGGUACUACUAUUCCCGGUGACAUUCCCUACAAGGACGUCCCCCAGAUGAUCACCAUCACCUUCGAUGAUGCCAUCAACAACAACAAUAUCGGAUUGUAUAAGGAGAUCUUCAACAGCAAAAGGAAGAAUCCCAAUGGUUGUGACAUCAAGGCCACUUUCUUUGUUUCACACAAGUACACUAACUACUCCGCUGUACAAGAGAUGCACAGGAAGGGACAUGAAAUCGCUGUGCACUCAAUCUCGCACAACGAUGACGAAAGGUUCUGGUCGAACGCAACUGUCGACGACUGGGCGAAAGAGAUGGCAGGCAUGAGGAUCAUCGCCGAGAAGUACGCUAACUUGACGGACAACAGUGUUGUGGGAGUUCGCGCCCCUUACCUCCGUGUCGGUGGUAACAACCAGUUCACGAUGAUGGAGGAGCAAGCUUUCUUGUACGACUCCACCAUUACAGCUGCUUUGAACAAUCCUCCUCUAUGGCCGUACACCAUGUACUUCAGAAUGCCUCACCGUUGCCAUGGAAACCUCCAGCAUUGCCCAACCAGGUCUCACGCCGUUUGGGAAAUGGUGAUGAACGAGUUAGACAGGAGGGAAGACCCCGUCAACGAUGAGUACCUCCCAGGAUGUGCUAUGGUUGACUCCUGCAGCAACAUCCUCACCGGCGAUCAGUUCUACAACUUCCUAAACCACAACUUCGACAGACAUUACGACCAGAAUCGUGCGCCCCUCGGUCUCUACUUCCACGCAGCCUGGCUGAAGAACAACCCCGAGUUCCUCGACGCCUUCCUCUUCUGGAUCGACGAGGUGCUGACCAACCACAACGAUGUCUAUUUCGUCACCAUGACUCAAGUCAUCCAAUGGAUCCAAAACCCAAGAACCUCUUCAGAGUCGAAGAACUUCGAGGCCUGGCGGGAGAAGUGCAGUGUUGAGGGACCACCAGCUUGUUGGGUGCCUCACACUUGCAAAUUAACCGCCAAAGAGGUGCCCGGAGAGACUCUCAAUCUUCAGACAUGCGUCAGGUGUCCCAACAACUACCCAUGGCUCAACGAUCCCACUGGCGAUGGUUUCUUCUAGGCUGUUGACGAUAACUUAAAACAACGAGAUGAUAUUUGAAUUGUAAACAGUGAAACUACUCACAGCGAUCUCCAGUGCUCGAGACUAAUCAAUUUUCAUUUUCGUUUCUCUCUUCUGGAUGCUCUCACUUCUACCUCUUUACAAUCUUAUCUUCCUUUCUAUUUCUUCCUUUUCUGGUUAAUAUCCUCGCGCACUCGGGCCUCGAACAUCGCAAGAGGUUAAUGAUUUUGAGAGUGAGAGUCGUAACUGUUUAUUACGUUUCUUUGCCCGCGGUACUCGACAAGGCGGACGAUACUGCGAGCAAGAUUCGACGUGUAAUAUAGACGCGGUUGUAUUUUUCUUCUUGUUUUCUUUUGUUUCUGAGAGUCUCCCUCCACCUUUUUUCAAUUCUCAAUCCUUUUGUAUUACCUUCAUUGCCUGCCUCUUGGGCGAUCUACUUUUAUUUUCACUCUCCAGUUUCUUCAUCUUUUUCUCUACUCCUUCUGCUAGCAAUCCGCCAAAACUUCCUGCGAAUGAAUUAUGUAUUCUCUAUCUUGAGGAUUCUUAUUUCUCGCGAAAAAUGUAUGAAUAUAUAUGGUACAUGAUUGUAUGUAUAUGUAUAUUUUGACGAAAAAAACUAAGUGAUAUUCUUAUUUGUUUCAACAUUAUGAUUUUAAGAGGCGAAUCCUUUAAUAAAAAUAUUUGAAAAUUU